AUGUUGGUAGCUUGGCGUCUCGCAGAUCUGGGCGCCAGCUCUUCCAGGCUCUCAUCCUCGGACGAGGACUCCAAGUUCCCCGCCCCAUCGAGUCGCUCGCGUCGCCCUCUCCUCGGCUGCGGCGGCCUCGUCCGCGGCCUCCGCGCCUGUGCGUCGUCACGCUUCGCCCUCUCACCGGCACUGACGCCGGACGCCGCUCUGGAGCGUUCGGAUCGGGGCGCAACGUGGAGCGCGCCGGCGGAGUCCACCAUUGACGACCCGCUCCCGCGCGUGGCAAUGGCGGGCUCGCGAACCCGCGGGCGGGAGCGCUCGCCGUUGCGUCCUCAAGGGGUGCGGCGCAGCCCGCCGUCGCGUCUUCAGUCGCCGUCUCCAGCGCUCUGGCCUGAUGUCACACAGGGCUCACGCUCCCAAGCGUCGUCUCCGUGGGGGGGAUCUCUGCGUCGGCGCGAGUCCCCUCGUCAGGCCUCUCCGCGCCGUGCGUCGCCUCGUCGCCCGUCUCCGCCGCCACGAAACCAGGGUGGCGGCAGCGGCCAGUCGCAUUCCCGUCGUGCCCCCCGCCGAUGGCGUGCCCAUCAGCCUGCUCCGGCUGUGGCUGCGGCGACUGCAGCCGCAACUGCGGCGACUGCAGCCGCGACUGCGGCAGUGACCGCCGCUGUGGAGCGCGCACUCGAUGGGCUGGAUGAAAGGGUGCGCUCGUUGUCGCGUCCAGAUGCUCCCGUCGUGCCGUCCGUGAGCCAGCUACCUCCCCCACUCGACUUGGCGCCUCAUCCUCCAGCCGUUGUACCUCCUCUUCCUCUUCCUGCCCCACCUCCGAUACUCCCCCCGCAGCAGCAGCUCCGCCCUCAGCAGCCCCUUCAUCAGCAGCUUCCUCCUCAGCAGCUUCCUCCGCACGCUCGCCCGGAUCCGCAAUCAUUGGCAGGACAGCCCGACGUGGCACCGCUUCCUCUGCGCCUCCCACCGAGGGUGUGGUGUGUGCCUGCGGGGGGUGGGCCCCCUGUGUAUCAGACGUUUGCGGAGGCAGGGGAUGGUCGCCGUGUUGAGCUCCCCCUGUACGGAAUGCCUCCGCCUCCUCCCAUGCUUCGCCAGCAACCUCAAGCAGCGCAGACAGGUGGUCCUCUGGGCUCUCAAGUGCUGGAGGCGGGAGCAGCAGCAGGGAUGGUGGCGGGGGUUGAAUCCCCCCCUGCCUCUCCCACUCGGCGAUCUGCAGCCCGUCGGCACUCUGGGAUUCGGGUUGCUCCUCGCGUGGCUGUGGGAGGGCUGUCCCGCCGGCGUGCUGACGUUCACCGCGUGCUUGAGGUGGAGGCUCAUGUGCUCGCUCGUCUGGGCCACGAGCGGUCGUUUGUGGCCUUCGUUGGUCUGAUGAUCGACAAUGCUGCUGCUGCUCUAGAGGAUGUUCCCGAGGAGUUGAGCGUGAUGAACCACGCGCAGAUGCGGGCAAGUCGGGAUGGCGUGUGGGUGCUGCAGCACGAAUUGGAGCGGGCGGAGAUGGAGCCCGACGGAGAUCCUGCGUUGGGCGCGGCGGUGGCCGACGUGAUGAGGGUGGUGGAGUCGCGAGUGCGCUCGCGGUCAGCCGUAGACGUGUUGCGAGGCCUCUCGUCAGCACUCCGCCUUGUAGACGUGACGACAGAGCGGCUCCUGCGGCGCGUGGAGGUGUCGUGA